AUGGGCAGACUUCGUCGAUCUAGAACGCAUCACAGCAUCCGUGAUACCUAUCGCAAAUAUCGUACUCGCAACUACACCCGAGAUCUCGACCAGAUCCACGACGACAUUAAGCCAGAGAAUGCACAAAAGUUAAAGAACCAGCCCUUGGAUCCUGAUAAACCUGGUCUUGGUCAAAACUAUUGCAUCGAGUGCGCUCGUCAUUUUAUCACUGAAGCUGCAUUCAAGGAGCAUGUUCGUGGCAAGUUGCACAAGAAGCGUCUCAAACAACUAAAGGAAGAACCUUAUACACAAGCUGAGGCUGAUGCAGCUGCAGGAUUGGGUAAACCCGACAAUGGCAAACGAGGAGGUCGUUCCCUUGUAUCAGAAGAUGUUGCUAUGGGCGACGACUAA